ACUUAGGGAAAGUCAGUCGCCGGAAGUUUGGUACGGCGAAGCAGUUUCUCACGGAGUUCGAACGAGUUGCGCGCUUAGUGCCUGAUCUUCCAGAUAAGGAUCGGUGUCUUAUCUUCCUCGAGAACUUUUCGAAAGUUGAGCAGCGGGAAUUGAUGAAGGAUAUGAAUGGUCGAUACGACUGGUCAAAGAUCAAGGAGAAUUUGUUGGCGGGAAGCUUCGACCAGUUGCUUUACUGUCUUUUGAAGCAGCAAAAAGAAGACCGCGAGAAGGAAGGGGUAAGCGCGGACAAAGACCAAGCCGUUUACAAGACCCUGACUGACAUGCGGAACAUGAUGGCUGACAUGAAGGAGGAAAGGUUAAAGCUACAAGUGAUGAUGGUCCAGACGAAAGGGGGAAAAAGGAAGGGAAAAACACCCGUUGUGGAGGAAGUGAGUAGUAGCAGCAGUGAAGAGGAAGACGAGGAGGAAGUGGAGCCCCCUCGAACAUUGACCAAGGCAAAACGGAAGGCCCUGAAUCAGAUACGAGGAGGGCAAGGCACUGGUAAAAAGCAGCGGAAGAAUAAUGGAGGAGGUGGACAAGAAAGUAACCAAGAACAGGCGGCGCAGGCCCCUCCUCAGCAACCCCAACCUCAGGCAGGAGGCCGAGGCCGAGGUCGAGGUAGAGGACAAGGCACUGGGGGAGGCCGAGGAAAUGGUGGCGGCCGAGGCAAUUGGCAGAAUUGGUUUUGCAAGUAUUGUGGCCAAGAUGGGCAUGGGAUACGGUUUUGUCAGACCGUUGCCAAAGAUGAAAACGACAAGGUUAUAUAUACGAAUAUUCGAGGCGAGGUCUACGACUUCGAAGGGAAUCUCAUCGAUCAUAUUGUGGAAGGAGGAAUGAGAAAGGAAGCCUUCCGACGUAUGAGGCGAGAUCUUCCAGCAACGUUUCGACUGACUUCCCCGGAAGAAGUCGAACAGAUCGAGUUCGAAGCGGCGAUGGAGUCAUUGACGAUUGAAGAUGCCAAGGUCGCAGAUGAAGGAGAUGGCCAAGGAGGUCUUACUGAUGGUACCGCAUCACAGUCUGGAUCGUCGUCGGCAGGGCGUUUGAUGGCCACCACAAUCUUGUCCCGUCCCGCUUUCAAGCGACCUGCCACUGUUGGCCUCCCACAGGCUCGGAGGGCUCGGAAGCCGCCACGGCCAAGGGCAACGCCAGAGGAAGGACCAAGUCAGCCACGGGGAAGCGAGACAAUUGUGAUUGAGGAAGACGAUGGCGAGGAGGACGAAUUGUUGCGGGCCGAGGAUGAGCGGCAGGUCAAACAACGGGCCAUGGAGAGGGAACCAGAAACGGGCAAGGCCGAUGUUGAGGAAGGAGAGCUGAAAAAGAAGAAGCAAGUCUACACAAUUCCAGCAGAGCCUGGGCUGGAUAUUGAGCAAAUCGUGGACCGGAUUUUGGAAAGCCAGCGCGAUUUGUUCACGCUCAAGGAGUUCUUGGCCGCGUCACCCAAAAUCCGAGAGGAGUUUAGACAGCGAUUAGGUGGACGACUUGAAGUUGGAGCGAAACGUAAGUACAAGAGAGUAGGCGAGAAAGCUCAGUCAGUGCCCGUCUUGAUCACGCAAGAAGAAGAAGUGUAUUAUAAAGAAGAAAGAGAAUGGAUCAGGAUGAUGAAGGAAAAGAGUAUGAAGGCGCCAUGUCGGUUGACGGAGGAGAGGAUUAAGAAUAUGAUCAUUGGAGAGGAAGAGUCUCUUACAGAGAAGGAGGUGGACUUCCUUGUCAGCGUCAUGAAGAAAACCUAUUUGGCUUAUGCUUUCGAUGAUGAUGAGCGAGGGAGGCUUAACGUUGACAUGAUUCCAAUGAUCAGGAUUCAUACGGUACCUCACGAGUCGUGGAACAUACGAGGCCCGCAUUAUCCGAAUCCGGAUGAUCAUCGUAGAGUCGUUGAAUAUCUGGACGGUAAGAUUCGGACAAAGGUCGCGGAUUACUCGUACGGACCAUAUGCGUCCCCUUGGUUUUGUUUCAUCAAGCCAAGUGGCGUAUUGCGAUGGGUGCAGAACUUGCAGAAGCUGAACUCAGUGACCGUUCGUGAUGCCGGAGGACUUCCGCAUGCCGAUCAGCUAUCUGAAUCGUGCGCAGGCAGACCUAUCAUCACUCUCAUCCACUUCUACUCAGAAUAUGAUCAAUUCCCUCUCUAUACAGCAGACAGGUCAAUGACGGCCAUGCAUACGCCGAGGGGAUUAAUUCAUAUGUGUGCGGCGCCUCAAGGAUGGACAAACGCCGUAGCGAUUGUUCAGAGAGACAUGAUGAGAGUCAUGCAGCCGCUUUGUCCAAGCGUGACCUCACCUUAUAUCGAUGAUCUGGCCAUACCUGGGCCACGUGUCAAGGACGAGACGGAGGUCCUGCCAGGCGUUCGAAAGUUUGUUUGGCAGCACGUUCGUAACGUGGAAAAGGUCCUGUCCAAGUUAAAGGAGUACAACCUCACCGCCAGCGGUGUCGAAUCUCGACAUUUUGUACGUGAGGCGACUAUUUUGGGCUUCUUAUGCGAUGAGAAGGGUCGUCAACCAGACUCCAAAAAGACAAACAAGAUUCUGGAGUGGCCGACCUCGUUCAAGUCCAUUACAGACGUGCGCAGCUUCUUGGGGACUUGCGGAUUUUGGCGCAUCUUCAUUCGCAAGUUCGCGGCAAGGGUGGAGCACCUGCGGAAGUUGGUGCGUAAGAAUCAGGAAUGGGAAUGGGGUCCAAAGCAAGAGGCGGCAGUUGAUGAUAUCAAGGCACAGUUCCGAGAAGGAGGAUUGAUCCUGGGAGUUUCAUGCUUCGACAAUGACCCGAAUCGACCCUUCGUGGUUGAAACAGAUGCAGGCCCCACGACAUUGGGUGGAGUCCUCAUCCAAAAGGAUGAAGAAGGGCGAGAAAGGCCAUUGAGAUUUGAAAGUCGGACGCUGAAUGAGGCGGAAAGGAAAUAUUCCCAAUUUAAGAGGGAAACCCUUGCAGUGCUUCAUUGCUUCAGGAUCUUCCGUAACUACGUGUUUGGAAGACGGUUCAUCUUGCGGGUUGAUCCGACUGCCUUGGCGCAGUCACUGAAGAAUUAUUCCCCCUCGGAUCCAACUAUUACUCAAUGGUUGAUCUAUUUUUGGAUGUUAGAUUUCGAGAUCGAGCGCAUUGCAGGAGCACAAAAUCGAGCCGAUGGAUUAAGUCGGAUCGAGUGGGACUCCUCGAAAGAUCAGGCAGAAAACUCGGUUCCUGUGAAUGGGUUCUUGGAGAGGGACGAGCAACAAUUAAGAAUCAAUGUUUGGGAAUACAUUACUAAUGCUUCGUCUGGACCUGGGAAGUCUAUCUGGAGUUCGCCGAGUUGCUAUCAAAAGCGUUCAGAACUUGUGAUGAGAGAGCCCUUUAUUGAGGAGGAUCCUUGGGGCAAACGAUCUGCUCAGCAGAUGAUGAGAUUGACAUUGUCCGACCUGGUACGACUUUCAGAAGAGCCUCUUACGAUUGAAGGAGGACAUGAGCAGGGUGACGAAGCUCUCAGGAUCUCCGAGGGAAUGGUAUUCCUGGUUAAUUCGUUGAUACAAGAAGAUCGCGGCAAGUUAAUGUUGGAAGAACGGGAAGGCAGUGAGAUUAAAGAAGCCUUUCGUGAGGAGGAAUAUGAUGGGAUUUAUAAGAAGAUUGGGCUUUGGUUGAAUAGGGACCUGAACGAGGCAGAAAUAGAGCAAAAAAUAAGACAAAAGGCAAAGAGUUUUGUCAUUCGACAGGGGCAUCUCUUCAAAAAGUCUAACGAUGGUGUGACAUUGAUGCUGUGGGAUUUGAGAGUGGGGCACUCUCCUCAACGGCAAGCUCGCUUCUGUGUUGGUGAGCGGCGCCUGAGUCAGCGGCGGCGUUUGAAGGAGGGUGUGACUCGUCCUUGUGAGCGGCCAUAACGAGAGUGGUGCGACCGAAUGUUUUGUGAAGAUAUUUGGCUUUCUUGAGCGAGCCCUCAUAAAAAUCACUCAAGGUAGGUUGGGAGAUGCAUGUGAGAAGGAAUCAACAUUAUUUGCUCGA